GCUAUGACCGCCUCUUAUUCCGUUCUCCCCUCCCCUGGCGAAGGCCUGGGUUGUUUCUCUACCGCCUUGAUUCCUGCUGGUACCCUUAUCCUCGCUGAGACGCCUCUGUUCAAUGUUCGCGAACCGCGCACAAACUCCCUGGUUAUCUCCGCCUUCUCGCGUCUCUCCAAACCCCAACAAGAGCAAUAUCUUACCCUACACGUUGUCGACCCCAAAGCAGAAGGUGAUGCCCGCGUAAUCGACAUAUUCAACUCCAACGCCUGGCAAACCGAGUCUCGCACUUCAAUAUGUCCGCGCGCUGCUCGCUUCAAUCACUCCUGCAUCCCUAAUGCCAGUUUCGCCUGGAAUUCACGCUUAUCACAAAUUACUGUACACGCCAUUGUCGCGAUACCUGCAAAUACACAGAUCAAUCUCAGCUACGAGCGUCCAUACCAAACGCUCAGUGCACGGCGCGAAAAACUUUCCGCCUACGGAUUCGUCUGCUCGUGCACAGCAUGUGGUGAUGAAGCCGAGCCUAGCGAUGUGCGCAGAGCGCGCAUGGUGUUGCUAGAGAGAAGAAUCCGAGUUGGACGGAAACAAUUAUGGAGAUCUCCCAUGCCCAAGGCGGAACUGGAGUUGGUGAGAUUGCUGAAGGAGGAGGGUCUUGUGGGGGAAGCAUUAGGGCUGGCGUAUCACAAUGCUGCUUUAGGAUGGCAAAGGCAUGGACGACUAGAUUUGGCGGUUAGGUAUGGGUUGAAAGAGUUGGAGGUUUGCACCAUGUGUUAUGGCACAAAUUCGCCCUACGUGGAUACGACAACAGCGUUUCUACAUCAGCUGAAGAUAGAGCUCACAGAAGUAGAAGAUAAGCUUCUACGUAGUAUACAAUUGUAAAUUAGGUUUGCAGUAGUCAAUUGAUUCAAGCGACAUGGUACAGGAUCACCAACGGUCGGCUCGUAUCCUUCCUUCAAGA